AGUUUUCUUGUAAUUUCUCACUCCCUACACGUCCCUCCCUUGUUGCAUUCCUCCUCCUUAUCAUUGUUGGACGUGUCAGGGAGCGACUGUAGGGGAGUCCCACUGGCAUCGUCUCCAUCUGAGGCUGAGAGCAUGUUCUAAGCUUGCUUUCUCUACACCAGACGAGACAAAGAGCCGCUUCUGAGCUCCAGAGCCAGCGCCAACAUCGCUCUACAGGACAGUUGCUUUUCUGUGAUUGGAAUAAAUGGCCAUGAUGUCAGCAUUGAUCCUUCAUGCUUUUAUCCUCCUGCUCUUCACUCAAUUACACGGUGUGAGAGGGCAGCAGGCGUUCCGAACAGAGCCUCGUAACCUGACUGUACGGGCGGGGGCCACGGCUCUGCUGAAGUGUGAAGUGCUCAGGGCCUCAGGGGCCGUCCAGUGGGUAAAGGAUGGCCUGCUACUUGGGCCGCAGCGGUCACUGCCUGGCUACCCACGCUACAGCAUGACCGGUGACGAGAACAGAGGCCAAUACCAUCUCCAGAUUAUGGAUGUUCGCCUGGAAGACGACUCCCCCUACGAGUGCCAAGUGGGCCGCUCCAAAACUAGCCAGCCCAUCGUCUCCCGCACAGUGUGGCUCAAUGUGCAGAUUCCCCCUGCAGAGCCAUACAUUGAGCUGGACUCUGAGGAGCCCUGGGUGGAGGGAGAAGAGUACACAGUGACCUGCAUCGCCCCAGACGCAAAACCAGCUGCUGAUGUCAUUUUCUAUAAAGAUGGAGAGGAACUGACAGAUAUAGAGUCUUUCACCAUGUCAGGCUCUGAGGAUAAACUUCUCAACACUCACGCUGAAGUUAAGGUCAGGGCACAGCGUUUGGACAACGGCCGGCUCCUGCUGUGUCGAGUGAAGAAUCCAGCUAGUCCCCGGGCUCUGGAAACCAAAAUGGUCAUGAACAUAUACUUCCCACCGCAGGCUCCAGUGAUAGAGGGAUUGAGGAGCAGUGAGGUGAAAGCGGGUACCUUUCUGAGGCUCACCUGCCUGUCAUACGGAGGGAACCCUCUGGCUACUUUGCACUGGACCAAGAAUGGAGAGGUAUUGUCCACUAGCUGGGAGGUGGACACGGUCUCUCAGAAGGCCAGCAGUGUGUUGAAUAUGGAGGUGAAGCCGGAGGAUAAUGAAGCUGUUCUAUGCUGUGAGAGUGUCAACCUGGUGUCCAGAUCUCCUCUGUCCAUCACUCGCUCCCUCACCGUCCUCUUCGAACCUGCUAAAGUGACCCUGCUGGGCUCCGUUGAGGCUGUAGAGGGGAUGAAGGUGACCCUGUGCUGCCACACCUCCUCCAGCAACCCCCCUGUCCACAUCCGCUGGUGGCUCGGCUUCAAAGAGCUCAACAACGCCACCGUCACCAUCUCAGAGGGAGAGAAUGGAGGGAUGAUGACCAUGUCAAAUCUGACCCACACUGUGUCCAGGGAGGAAAAUGGACUUCCUUUCACCUGUGAGGCAUUUAAUAAAGGCACACGCUUCUCCAGCAUCCAAUCCAAAACUCUCAAUGUCUACUAUCCUCCUCAGAAGGUGUGGUUGGAUGCUCCUCCAGAAGGAACUUCUCUGCGCUCUGGGAUGACCGUGCGUCUUGUGUGUUUCUCCAGUGGAGGAAAUCCCGCAGGCCGUCUGACGUGGUUGAAGAAUGGUAAAGUGGUACAAGUCCCAUCAAAGCAUGUCCAGUCUGAGCGCGGUGUAUCGCGAGAGUUCCUCCUGACCCUCCAUCCCAGUGACAAUUUAGCCACCUAUCGCUGUGAUGCCACCAACGAGGCCAAACAAGUGCGGUCGGCUGAGACAAAACUGCAGGUCCAGUUUCCUGCAAUGAAUGUGAAGAUCGUGGUGAAACAGAAGGAGCUGCGUGCAGGACAGACGCUCAAUCUGGACUGUCUGGCUGGAAGCAGCAACCCUAAAGUCAAUAUCAGCUGGAGUCUGGGCUCCACCAGGCUGAAGGGAGUAGACCAGGCACCUAAGAAGGCGGAGUAUGGUGGUCUGUCCGUCAGCAGCAAACUGGCCCUGCACUUGGGCUCUCAUCACCACGGCAACAGGAUUACCUGUCAGGCCUUCAGUAGCCUCCUGUCUGAGGGAGUGAACACCUUCUACACCCUCAACAUCCUCUUCCCACCAGAGUUUGCAGAAGACCAGCCCAGAGAAGUCCAGAUCAUCGAGGACGACACGGCCACUCUGCCCGUCAUGGUGUCUGCCAAUCCGAACAAUGUUAGCUGCGAGUGGGUAUUCCAGGGCGAGAAGGUGGUUAAAGAGAGGGAUCAUCGGUACCACUUUCCUGAAGGCUGGACGCUGGAGAUCUGGAACGUGAGCAGACGUGAUGCGGGGAAUUACAGAGUGAAGUGCUCCAAUGCUGAGGGAAAGAACAGCACCAUCAUCAAACUGGACGUCCAAUAUGCUCCGAGUGUGAAGAUGAAGAAGGACCCAGUGUUCGUUAACGUUGGAGACACUGCAGAUUUGAUGUGCGAAGCUGAUGCCAACCCCAUCAACUCUGGCAUGUUCUCCUGGAAGUGGAUGGGUGAGGGGGAGGUGGAGGAGCUGGGUGAAGAGAGUGAAGAUGGUGCUACUGGCAUGUUGACUCUGUUUGAGGUGACCCGCGCUCAAGCAGGACCUUACCAGUGCACAGCUGAUAAUGACAUAGCACCCCCUGCCAGUGUGGUGGGACAGCUUAUCGUCCGCUUUGCACCAGAGUUGCAAAAGGGUGCGCAGUGGAAGAAGGUGGCCAGUAGAGGGGAUGGUACCACUGAUGUGGACAUUCUGUGCCAGGCAGAAGGCGUUCCACGUGUCACCUUCAGCUGGGCCAAGAAUAAUGUACCACUGGACUUCAACAACCCCAGGUAUAUCGAGCGGACGGUCAGGGAGGGGGCCAUCCACACCAGUACGCUGACUGUGGUUAAUGUGAGUGCAGCGCUGGACUAUGCCGUUUUCACCUGCACGGCCCGCAACAGCCAGGGGGAGGACAGUCUGGACAUACAACUACUCAGCACCAGUUACCCAGACCCCCCUUCAGAUCUGAAGCUGCUCAGUGUCUCUUCCAGUUCCGCCACUCUGGAGUGGAUGCCAGGCUUUGAUGGAGGCCUGAUCCAGAACUUCCGCGUCAGGUAUCGGUGGGCGGGGUCUGCCAGUUAUCUCUAUGUGGAUGCCUUUCCUCCAAGAGCCACUGUCUACACAGUCACCGGCCUGAACCCUUCCACCACCUACAACUUCUCCGUCAAUGCCAUUAACUCCAUGGGGGAAAGCAGCUAUGCCGACAAUGGGGCAGUACUGACCGUCACCACCUUGGAUCGCGAGCCCGUUCCCAGCGAGCCUCAGCCAGAAGUGCCGGACUCCUCCGAAGCCUCCGCUGUCCCAGUCUACGCCAUAGCCGUCCUGGUUGGAGGGCUCCUCCUGCUGCUCAACGCGUUAGGCUUCGUUCUGUUCGCCCGGCGGAAAAGGGGGCGGAGUCUGAAAGAGGGGGCAGGCGGCGCUUUGGAGGGAAAGAAGAGCGAGAGCGAGGGGUCAUCUGUGAGUAGCUCCAGCCGUUAUGCAAGCAGAGAGAGGAUCAACGCUUCUGCCCAGCGCACCCUGCUCAUCGACACCAGCUCCGAACCCGACAGCAGCAGCGGCGUAUACGAGAGCUACGGAGGGGAGAGCUAUCACUACUACUACCCCACUGAGGCCUACAGCCCUGCUUUAUACCCCCAUCCGGAGGCUCCUGAGGAACAGGGUAGCAGACCUGGUUUGAACCCUCUCAGCCAUGAGUAUGAGGAGGUCCGAGACUGGAGGCCGUAUGAAGACCUACUAGCACCCACUGUACCUCCUGUCACUGUCCAGGGAUUUGGUGUUGACCGACAAGCCAGGACACCACUUCCUGCUUACCAAGAAGCUGGACGGCGAGGUGCAGCCGAUUUGGACCCAACGAGUGCAGUUUACAAUUCUUUGGCUUACAGACGCAAAAAGGAUUCAGAUUUGCCAUUUGAACUGAGGGGGGAGCUGGUUUAAGAGUCAGCAAGAAUGCUAGAUACUUCAUUGAAUCGUCUGUAGCUGAUCCAGUUGGUGUGGAAUGCUUGAUUCACUGUAUGUUAUUUUUUAAGUAAUUUUGCAUUCAUCUUAAAUUUAUGGUUUUGACAGUUUUCAAACUUUAAAUGCUGGUUGAUAACAGAAUAACAUAUAUGGCAAGAUUGUCAAAGAUUUUGAUGAUAGAAGUAAUUAUUAUUGUGUACAUGGCAACAGGCUGUAGCAUUUUAUUUAGGGACUUUCAUAAGUAUUAAAUAAAAUUUUAAAAAACAAAAUAGCUUACGCUAGUAUGCUAGUGAUCACAAGAAAAUAUAAUGUGUUUUCUGAAGUAAACAACAUUGUGUAUGCAUAUGGAAAAAUAUGAUUAAGUUCAGUUAAAAUUAAUUAAACUGAUAUGUGGUGCAUACACUUGUAUAGCAAUGCAAUGCAUUUACUUCAUAAAACACCUGAUUUCAUCUUGUGAUUACUGGCAUCAAUCAUUUAUAAAUGUCAUGUAUCGACUUAUAAAUAUGUUACUCAAAGCUUAUGCAUGUGUUAUAAGGUCCCUUUGUAGGUAGUCUUAAAUCAAAUGUGUAAAAUAAUGCAAAAUUCUGUUAUCAUUGAUGUAUAAUAAGUUCUAAUCAUAGUAUUAUGACAUUUUAAUGAUAACACUUCAUAUUGUCAUUUUAUUUUAUUGCCAAUAUCUUAUUUCCAAAAAUCAAUUCUAAUUUUGACACUGUUUUGUAAACUGUUGAACAAACUGUUCCCCAAGUCUAAGCCUGGACGUACUCCCAAAGGUCUACACAAGGGGGCUCCAUGCGUACUUGGUUUCACGCCUCCAUGUGUUGACAAACAACAGUUUGUGUGGGUGAUUAUUAUUCUUUUUUUUUCUUCUUUUACAUUGUUGCUGUUGUUGUUUUGGGCCUCAGUGGUUUGGAAAUUGUUUCCCAGUUAGCUCAACAAACUAUUUUUGCCUGUGAUUAUCCCUUGCGUGGGUACGGUCUGCAGUCUUAUUGUUGUCUGAGGACGCUUGGCAUCCGUGACCUGGGAGGAAAAGCUCUGAUGUAAGAACUGUGUCGAAGGUAAGGACCCCUCAGCAAAAGCAUAUGGUUCUUAGAAGUAAACAAUGCAGACAUUAUUGGCUCUUUUCACACAGACUCUUUUUAGGUGUCCAUGACAAAAUGAUUGCGCAAUGUUCUGAAGGAGGAUUAAACAUCUCUCGAGGGUGAUGCAUGAUUGAAAACAAUUUGGAAAAUUGUCUGUGUCCAGUGCUUGAGGCUGGUUUAAAGUACACACAGAGUAACGUAUGGCUACAAACAGAUGUCAGUGUUUUAGAUGUAUGUCUAGCCA